AGACCAGUAGCAGUGUUGGCUCAAGCUGUGCAGCCAUGGCGGGCAAGAGGGCCAAGUGCUGGAAGGAGAAAGGAUGACCCGAGUGGCCUUCUGCAGCCUGGAGGGCGAACAGGUGGAGGUGAAGCCUUUGGGGGGUCAGCUCCAAUGCGCGCUGAACGGAGUCUGGCAGCUGCCUUGCCGGCACAUGACCUUUGAGGAGGAUGGCACGGUGGAGUGGCCGGAGCUGAGCAGAAAGGUCCGGGUGGAGGCCGACGGCCGCCGCGCCGAGCUGCAGGAGCUGGCCUGCUUCGCGGGCAUCGGGGUGAAGUUCCAAGAGGUGCGCAGCCACAGCACGGUGCGGGUCUCCUUGUGCGGCGGCGGGCGCUUGCAGUACACCUGCGACGGCGCCUGGCGACCUCCCUUCCAGUACAUGGAGUUCGUGGACAACCUGGUGGUGUUCCCGGAGAUCCACCACUCGGCGCAGCUGCCAGCCGCUGAAGCCCCGCAACUGCGGCAGCUGCUGCAGGCACUGGCCGUGGCUGCAGGCUGCGGCAUGUCCUUCGCAGAGGCCAGAGGCAAGGGAUGCCUCCGGAUGACUGUGGCAGGCCCGGGGAAGCUCCAGUACACCGUGGAUGGGAAGCCGCGCCCGGGCUUCUCCCAGAUGUACUUUGAGGGCCAGUUUGUGCACUUCCCGGAGCUGGGUACCACUGCCAAGCUGCCCAAGGAGGCCAAAGCUGCAAGGGUGGAGAUGCAGCAGCUGGCGUGCCGCGCCUCUUUGGGCGUUGACUUCGAGGAAGCCAGGGGCCACGGGCGCGUCCGAGUCACAUGCGCCGACGAUUACUACCUGCAAUACACCGUGGACGGGGUCCCAAGGCCAUUGUUCCAGCAGAUGCUUUUCGACGCCGCCAUCUUGGAUGUGCCCGACCUAGGCAAGUCGGUGCACCUGCCGCGCACGGAAGCGAAGGAGCUUCGGAUCAAGCUGCAGGACAUGGCUUGCCGCGUGCGUUUGGGAGUCCGGUUCCUGGGGGCCCGAGGGGAGCGAAUGGUUCGCUUCCAUUUGGCCAAGCAGAGGCUGCAGUACACCGUGGACGGAGCUUUGCGCCCGCCACUGAGCCACAUGAUCUUUCAGGAGGACGGCGUGGUCUUCUUCCCCGAGCUGCAAAAGACGGUGAAGCUCUUGGCCAAGGAGGCGGAGCCCUGCAGGAUCUUGCUGCAGGAGUUGGCCGUUUUGGCCGGUUUGGGCGUCCGCUUUGUAGAAGGAAGGGGCAAGGACUGCAUUCGCAUCCACCUGGCGGAUGAGGGCCUCAUACAGUACACAGUGAACGGGGCCUGGCGGCCUUGCUUCUCACAAGUGGAGGUGAACGAGGACGGCUGGCUGGAAUUGCCAGAGCUUGGGAGGAAGGCGCGCUUGCCCCACGACCAGGUGUUCACGGUGAGAUCGGAGCUGCGGGACCUCCUACGUGCGGAGGGAACUCCUCCUGCGGAACCUGCAGGUACGGACUCGGUCAAAGCCGGUCCAGCCUGUUGGCUCGUGGUGGAGGCUGAUAGCGUUCAGAUGACCGCUGCGGAGGAGUGAGGCAACUUCCGGCCAUCGCCGUCGCAAGUCGCGGCCCCUGGCCCUCGAUGCGCCGCGCCGCCGGGCCGCCGGGCCGCCGAGCCGCCGACCGAAACGGCGGCCGAAAGAGAGGCGCGAGCACCUCAACAUGCGCCAGACGAAACGAGGC